AUGUUCGACGUUAUCGUGAGUCCAAAACGGACAAAAGGAUUCAAGUGGACAGUGAAUAUCGAGCAAGCAACUCUCGAAGCUCUCAAAGAUUCUAUAUGUGCUGUGUAUCAAACACCAGUUCUUGAAAAUGAUGGAGCG